GGAGCUGGUGCUGCCGCACCUGGUGCGUUGUGACAGGGCAGGGCUCGGAGCAGAGGUCCAGCCUCCAGCCCGGCACCGCUCCCCGCCGCGGGGCUCUGGGUUGGCUGCAGUUCACCAGCGCGGCUGCCCCUCUCUCCUUCCUGCGCUUGCCGGGCCGGGGGUGGCAGCGGCGGCGGCUCUGCCCCGGCCCCCAUGGCUUCAGCCGGCAGCGGGAUGGAGGAGGUGCGCGUGUCUGUGCUGACUCCGCUCAAGCUGGUGGGGCUGAUGUGCAUCUUCCUGUCGCUGUGCCUGGAUCUGGGAGCCGUGCUGAGCCCGGCCUGGGUCACGGCCGACCACCAGUAUUACCUGUCCCUGUGGGAGUCCUGCCGCAAGCCCGGCAACUUGGACAGCUGGCUCUGCGAGUCCACCCUGCACAGCGACUGGCAGAUAGCGACUCUCGCUUUGCUUCUGGGCGGUGCUACCAUCAUUCUCAUAGCUUUCCUGAUUGGUUUGAUCUCGAUCUGUGUGGGGUCUCGGAGGCGGUUCUACAGACCACUCGCAGUCAUGCUCUUUGCAGCAGUUGUUCUUCAGGCGUGCAGCCUGGUCCUUUAUCCAGUCAAGUUCAUCGAGACAGUCAACUUGAAAAUAUACCAUGAGUUCAACUGGGGCUAUGGCCUGGCUUGGGGUGCAACUAUAUUUUCAUUUGGGGGUGCCCUCCUUUAUUGCCUGAACCCUAAGAUCUAUGAAGACUACUACUAGUACUACUUUAGUUUGAGAAAAAGAAAAGAAAUAACAAAAGGAUUACUCCAUCUUUUCUAACUCGCUGUUUUUUAGAAUACUUGUGGAGCACCAAGCAGUCUGCUCUGUUGAUUUAAUAGCCUUUGCCUUUUGGCUGCAAACACUAUAACUAGCUUUUACAUCCAUUUAAGAGAACUGCGAAAAUUAAGAUUGCUAAUCUUACACAGGCAAACGUUGGAAGCUGCAGCUACGUUAAUGUCAUUUUUCUUGACAACAAGCAAAGGAUCUAGAUACAGCGAUCAUUGUGAGCGACGUUGCUGGAAUGAAAAUGCAGUGCCUGCUUCUGCCAUCGCCUGCAGGGGAGCAGCUGGCAUAAGCUCCAUUUAGAAGUUUCCUUAUAUCAUGGUGGAUUCAGAUGUCAUGAUAAGCAGGUGAUGCCAUCUUACAUCAAGUGGUGUUGGGCCCUGGUCACUUGCUAGAAAAAGCUCUUGAGGAAUUAGUUGCAAAUGACCAUGUGUUGGGGGCAAUGAAUGUAAAUGAUCAAUGACUUUCCUAAUGUCUGCAUUGGACAGUCCGCUGAAAAAAACAACAAUGGGAGUUUAUGCAUUGGCAAUCCACAUCUUCCCUGCCAACUGUGGCAGAUCCCUGAAGGGAAGUCAAAACCUGGAGACAUAUGCUUCUAAUUAUGUGGCUGGAAGUUGUCUCAGCUCUGAGUAUUGUGGGGUGGGGUGAGGGGUAAUGGGGCCUCGAAUUUCCCUGAGGCAAAUAAAAUGCAUGUAUGAGCUGCAUUUGUCUUCAUGCCCUUUUAAUUUCCAAACUGUGCAGUAAAAAUGCAUAAAUAACAAGUCCAACUAUUUUUAUAGAAGGCAUUUGUUAGUAUAAAUGAAAAUAUAUAUAUAUAUAUAACAUAUGCAGAGGAAGAAACACAUUACAUCUCAAAAUGGUAAUAUUUGCUGUGGUGCAGUGGUUAAAGCACUAACUUUGUAUGCCUUCUUACGAGUCUUGGAUCGCUAUCUCCAUUUUGGGUCAGUAAUGCAAAAUAAACAUCUUAAAAUCGGUUGCUCUCUCUGUAUGCCCUUAUGCUCUGUUUUGAUGGGAAAUACCUAAAAGUUCAUAUAAAUUUGAGGUGGAAUUGGAUUAAAUCUAAAAUAACUAGUUGCUUGGUACUUAUUAAAAGUAUUUAUUUUAAAAAAAAGCUGUUUAGUAGAGAGAGACUACCACUUUCUAAAAAUCCAUUUACUUUCUGUCUCUAAUUGAAAGAACGUAGCUGAGAUCUAGUUAUGUACAGUAUAAAAAUGUUAUCAGUACAGUAUGUAAGCUCAGAUAUUUGUUUUUCUCUGAGUAUAAAGGGUUGAUUGACAUCCGUCUAAUUACUACUUGCUGAAUAUUUCCCACUUCAAACUUCCAGAGGCUAUACAAAUGAAAUGAGACCCAAGUUAAACUAGGGUUUUAAA